AUGGAGCCACAAAAGAAGCACUGCUUUUACUUUCUUCUUACACUUACGAUCCUUCCAAUUUACGCAUCGACAGCCCUGGGAGGCAAACGCGGUGGUGGUGGUGUUCUUGUGGGUGGGUGGCAGCCGAUAAAGAACAUAACAGAGCCGCACGUGAAGGAGAUCGGAGAGUACGCGGUGGAGGAGUACAACAAGGAGUCUAAGUCUCAGUUGAAAUUCGUGAGCGUCGAGAAGGGCGAGACCCAGGUGGUGGCCGGAACUAAUUACCGCCUUAUCUUGGCCACUAAGAACGGGGCCCUAGCCAAAAACUACCAAGCUGUUGUGUGGGAAAAGAUAAAUCAGUAUUACAGGCGAAAGCCGCGGGUGGCAUCCAGUAGAGGGCAUCAAUGCUCCGAAUGUGAAGGAGAUUGGAAAUUUGGGGUGGCUGAGCACAAGAAGGUGGCCCUUGCUGACUUGAAGUUUGAGAGGGUAGUCCAGUGUGAGCGCCAGGUUGUGGCGACUGACAGCAGGGCCAUCUCCAAGAACUAUGAAGCUGUUGUGUGGGAGAAGCUUUGGUUGGAUUUCAGGAAACUUUUCUCACUUAAGAGCCCGUUUGGUUCCACUUUUUGA